AUGUAUAUUGUGUCUGAAGUAUGCAGGCUAAAGGUGAUUGUGCACAUACGUUAUGUCUCAAGUAUGCAGGUUACAGACGCAGAUAAUGCUGAUAUAGUGAAAGUUGAGAUAACAGAAGAAGAUCUGUAUACGCGUGAUCAGGCGAAGACUGAUGAGGAUGAAGUUCCUAUAAAUAUGACUACAGGCGCAGAUAACAUUGCUAUAGUGAAAGUUGAGAUAACAGAAGAUCUACAUCUGAAGCAUCAGCUGAAAGCUCCGGAUCUUGAAACCAGUGACAGUAUCAGUUCAGACGAAGAGAACACUGAUGUAGUGAAAGUUGAGAUAAAAGAAGAUCUGUAUACGUGUGAUCAGGUGAAGACUGAGGAGGAUGAAGUUCCUAUAAAUACGGCUACAGGUGAAUUCACAAUCUACAGUAAUCCUAGUUCUGGUCAGAGUGUUGAUGCUUCUUUCAAUCUUCAAAAUCAAAGCCACAGAGAAAAUGUAUGUUCUGAAUGUGGAAAAUGUUUUACCAGGAAAUUAUCUCUUAUUGACCAUAUGAAAAUUCAUACUGGAGAGAAGGAAUUUUCAUGUUCUGUAUGUGAGAAAUGUUUUACAACAAAAUCAAAUCUUAUUAGCCAUCAGAAAAUCCAUACAGGAGAGAAAGCAUUUUCAUGUUCUGACUGUGGGAAAUGUUUUACUCUGAAAUCAGAUCUUUUUAGGCAUCAGAAAAUUCAUACUGGAGAAAAAGAGUUUUCAUGUUCUGACUGUGGGAAAUGUUUUACUCUGAAAUCAACUCUUAUUAGACAUCAGACAACUCACACGGGGGAGAAAGGAUAUUCUUGCAAUGAAUGUGGAAAAUGUUUUGCUCUGAAAACAUCUCUUAGUAGUCAUCAGAAAAUCCAUACAGGAAAGAAAGCAUUUCCUUGUUCUUACUGUGGAAAAUGUUUCACUCUCAAAUCAUAUUGUAUAAAGCAUCAGAAAAUUCAUAGAGGAGAGAAAGAAUUUUCAUGUUCUGAUUGUGGGAAAUGUUUUACUUGGAAAUCAUCUCUUAUUAAACAUCAGAUAAUUCAUACAGGGGAGAAAGAAUUUCCAUGUUCUGAAUGUGGAAAAUGUUUUAACCGUAAAUCAAAUCUCAUUGCACAUCAGAAAAUUCAUAAGAAGAGAAUGCAUUUUCAUAUUCUGAAUGUUGGAAAUAUUUUACCCUAAAAGGAAAUUGUGUUACUCAUCAGAAAAUGUAUAGUAAAGGAAAUCAAAGCUUAAGUGCGGAGGAAAACAUAUAGUUGUCAUUCGUAUAAUAUCUAGAGUGCAGAUGAUAAACAUAAAACAGAAUUUGACGGUAGUUUCUAGUUUAUUUAUAUCCUUCUGGAGAUAUGGUCUCCAGAACUGUACACAGUAUUCCAGAUGAGGCCUAACUAAUUGAUCUAUAAAGUGGUUUAGAACCUUUUGAUUUCUGCUACUAAUACCUCUUCCAAUGCAACCAAGUAUUCAACUGGCCUUACUGUCUGCACUGCUGCAUUGUGUACCAAACCUUAAAUAAUCUGAAAUAAUAAUUCCCAAGUCUUGUUCCUCUUUAGUUGCAGUCAGUAAUGUUUCAUUGAGACUAUAAUUGGCCUUUGGGUUUUUGGGACCCAUUUAUUUGCUUAUUCCUCCAGUUUUUUUAAUAUUGCUGUUCAUUUGAUCCACCCCUCCUGGACCAACUCUUUUGCAAAUUUUUGUAUCAUCAGCAAACAAGCACACCUACCCCUGAAGCCCACUUCUAAUAUCACUGAUGAACAUGUUAAACAGCCCCAAGAACUGACCCUUGGGGAACACCACUAGUAACUGCCCCCUCAUUUAAAUAUACUCAAUUAAUUGAAACCCUUUGUCUUCUAUCCUUAAGCCAGCAUUAUACCCACUUAAAUGGACAGUCUAGUUAUAAUUAAACUUCCAUGAUUCCGACAGUGCAUGCAAUUUUAAACAACUUUCCAAUGUAUCAACAAAUUUGCUUUGUUCUCUUGGUAUUUUUUGUUGAAAGUUAAACUAGGUAGGCUCAUAUGCUAAUUUCAUAUUUCUUGAAGGCCGACUCUUAUCUCAGUUUAUUUUGACAGUUUUUCACAGCUAUGCAGUGCUAGCUUAUGUGUGCCAUAUAGAUAACAUUGGGCUCAUUCCUGCGGAAUUACUUAUGAGUCAGCACUGAUUGGCUAAAUUGCAUGUCUGUCAAAAGAACUGAAAUAAGGAGUAAGUCUGCAGAGGUUUAGAUACAAGGUAAUCACAGAGGUAAAAGGUGUAUUAAUAUAACCAUGUUGGUUAUACAAACUGGGGAAUGGGUAAUAAAGGUAUUAUCAUUUUUUUUUUUUUUUAAACAAUUAAAAAUUCUGGAUUAGACGGUCCCUUUAACAAUCUUGGCACCUACCCCUAGGCAAUACAUUUUGUGAAUAAGUUUUCUGUGUGGAACAGUUUCAAAAGCUUUGCUAAAGUUUAGAUAUGCAACAUCUAUGGUUCCUCCCUGGUCUAUUAAUUUAGUUACAUGGUCAAAUAAAUCAAUUAGAUUAGUCUGACAAGAUCUUCCAGCAAUGAAACCAUGCUGUCCUUUGUCUUCUAAGUUGUUUGUCUGAAGGUAAGACACAAGUAUUUCCUUUAAAAGAGUUUUCAUUAAUUUCCCUUCAUUUAGGUAUUUGCCCAUGUAAGAAAGAUCAGCCGUUCUAAAGUCUAAUACUUUUGUUUUAUUAUGGUUGCACAGUACCUUUUACCUGAAUAUUAAACCAUACAGAAUGAUAAUCAGUAGAGCUACAGACACUUUAGAUACUAGCUCACUAUUUGUCAGUACUAAAUCUAGUUCCUUUACAUGUUGGUUCUUUUACUAAUUGUUCAAGAGAUUCCCCUUGCAAAGAUUCCAGAAUGUAUUUACUUCUACAUGUUAUCCUCUGGAAGGUGUACAUUUGGAGCUGUUUGAGGCCCCCUCUGCGCCUGAGGUUGCCCAGGGUGUUUGUUAUCCCUGGGAGAUCCAGGUCCCUAUAUAGGUUUUAAUAGCCAAGGGAUAACCUGGUGUAAAUUAAAGGGUCAGUCUAGUCAAAAUUAACUUUCAUGAUUUAGAUAGGGCAUGUCAUUUUAAACAACGUUCCAAUUUGCUUUCUUCUCUUGGUAUUCAUAGUUAAAAGCUUAACUAAGUAGGCUCAUAUGCUAAUUUCUAAGCCCUUGAAGGCCGCCUCUUAUCCGAAUGCAUUUGACAGUUUUUCACAGCUAGAGGGUGUUAGUUCACGUGUUCCAUAUAGAUAACAUUGUGCUCAUGCCCGUAGAGUUACUUAAAAGAGGGCACUGAUUGACUUAAAUGCAAGACUGUCAAAAGAACUGAAAUUAGUCUGCAGAGGCUUAGAUACAAGGUUAUUACAGAGGUUAAAAUGUAUUAAUAUAAUUCUGUUGGUUAUACUAAACUGGUGAAUGGGUAAAGGGAUUAUCUAUCUUUUUAAACAAUAACUCUUCUGGAGUAGACUUUCCCUUUAAGUUUUUUAAGUAGAGGAUAAUGUGUAGAUCAAAGUUACAUAAAUAUACCAGAAGACUGUACUGUUGAGGGCAUUAUAGUCAGGGAAUUUAAAUUGACCAGGAGUAAAGGUGUACAGGGUGAGCCACAACGUUAAAGGAACAAAGAACCCAAUUUUUUUCUUUCAUGAUUCAGAUAGAACAUACAAUUUUAAACAACUUUUCUAUGUAUUUUUGAUAACAGAUUUUCUUAUCAGUUGUUGAAAAGCAGAAUCUGUUGUGUCAUGAUUUACUUUUGACAAAGGAACCAGUCCGGUUCUGAAACGUUAUGUUUUUUACUCUUUGGAUAUGAAUUAAAAGCUAAGUUUUACUAAAAAGUCCAGUGAGUGCUUUUUGAGGAAGUUAUAGUGGAAUUGUUUAUUAGCACCCUGGUGGCUGUAUUUUGUUUUAUGGAGUGCAUCUUAUAUGACUGACCAUAUAUAUAUAUGUAUGUGUGUGUGUAUAUAUAUAUACUAGGUGAUCUGUUGUAAAGAUAGUGUAAUUGGCACAUUGAAAGCACUUGAACGAAGUGAUAAUAAAAUUCAUACCUUUAUUUUCUCGUGUAGCACACACAUACAACUUUCACAAACAUAGUGAUUACCAGGAGACAGGUGCUUAUUUUAAUUUUACUUUGGUUGUUAAAUUGAUCAUUUUUAUAGAAAAAUUAUAAAUAUUACCUAAUACAAUUAUAGAUCGUUUUAAUUAAGACUCGUUUAUUAAAAUUGUAGUCAAAAUAUAAUUGGUCAAACCUACUGUUGUAUACUUCUCACAUGCCAUAUAAAUAAAAUAAUGGUAUACUUUGAA